CUUAUGAUCCCGGAAAAUCGUGCUCCAGAUAAUGUUGUUUUUCUGUUGCGUGCCUGUCCCCCCGCCUUCCCCCUCCGGAAUUCGAUUUCUGAAUAUUGCCCUCGACGGCCUGCCGAUGAAUUACGCCCGCCUAUAGACUGAGAAGCGGAGUUGGUUUACCUCUCCCAUGUUGAAAGAAAGUGAAAUUGCAUUGCCAUGGGGACAGCCCCUUUUCGGGAUCCUUGUGUCUUCUGCCUGCCCCCCCCAGCCUUGUUCCUUUCUCUUUUCUUUUCCUUCGCCCCCCCCCUCCCCCCCCACUUUUUCUCAACCUGUCAUUUCCCACCUUCCACCGACCCCUAUUGAUGUUGCCUCCGGAAGGACCAAAGGGAUAACGCAUUGCUUCUGUUUCUAUUCACCAUUGAAGAAAAAAAAGUCCGCGGUUCUACAUGUAGACGAGACUCGACUUAUGUCCAGAAAAGAAAUGACAUUAUCUACUUUUUUUUUCGUUUGAAUAGGCCAUGACUCCUAGUAUCUGGUAGCGGGAAUAAUCCCCUG